ACGUGUUUCCUCGGUCCAGCGCUGUACAGUCUUCCCGCACCGGCAUCUUUAGUGUGGGCAUCCCGCUGUGACAGCCCGGUGCUCACUACGCUCAUCUCCUGUACUGUGUCCACAGUCUCUGGUCACCUGUACUGUGUCCGCAGUCUCUGGUCAUCCCCUGUACUGUGUCCGCAGUCUCUGGUCAUCUCCUGUACUGUGUCCGCAGUCUCUAAUCAUAUCCUGUACUGUGUCCGCAGACUCUGGUCAUCUCCUGUACUAUGUCCGCAGUCUCUGGUCAUCUCCUGUACUGUGUCCGCAGUCUCUGGUCAUCUCCUGUACUGUGUCCGCAGUCUCUGGUCAUCUCCUGUACUGUGUCCGCAGUCUCUGAUCAUAUCCUGUACUGUGUCCGCAGACUCUGGUCAUCUCCUGUACUAUGUCCGCAGUCUCUGGUCAUCUCUUGUACUGUGUCCGCAGUCUCUGGUCAUCUCUUGUACUGUGUCCGCAGUCCGCAGUCUCUGUCAUCCCCUGUACUUUGUCCGCAGUCUCUGGUCAUCUCCUGUACUAUGUCCGCAGUCUCUGGUCAUCUCCUAUACUGUGUCCGCAGUC